UCAUUUUACUUACAAAACCAGAGAAAAGGAGGAGCUUAUUCAACAGAGAAAAGCGAUGCCGUACUACUCAAGAAGCGAGGAUGACGUCAACGAGUUCGACGACUACGAUCCCACCCCCUACGGUGGCGGCUACGACAUUGUCCUCACCUACGGUCGCCCGAUUCCGCCAUCUGAGGAGACCUGCUACUCCAAUUCCUCUUCCGAGGAAUUUGAUUAUGAUCGUCCCCAGUACUCGUCCUCUGCCGAGCCCUCUGCCUAUGCUGAUGAGGCUCUCCAGACUGAGUACAGUAGCUAUGCUCGCCCUAAGCCCCGACCUGCUCCCGGUUUUGUUCCUGCUGGUGCAGAAGGAUACGGAGAGCCUAGGCCAGAGCCUGCUUAUGGGUUUGAGCCAGGUGUGAAUAGGCCUGGAUAUGGAUCUGGGUCAGGUGACGGAUCUGGAUAUGGCCGGAGGCCGGAGUCGGAGGAUCCCGGAUCAGAGUAUGGAUCUGGAUAUGGCCGUAGGCCGGAGGAGCCCGGAUCAGAGUAUGGAUCUGGGUAUGGCCGGAGGCCGGAGUCGGAAGAGCCCGAAUCAGAGUAUGCACCUGGGUAUGGUCGUAAGACCGAAUAUGGGGCCCCUGAAUCAGGAUAUGGAUCCGGUUAUGGCCGGAAACCUGAGCAAGAUUACGGGUCUGGGUAUGGCGGGAGGACUGAAUCCGAGUACGGAUCAGGCUAUGGCGGGAGGAAGGAAUCCGAGCACGGAUCGGGUUACGGAGGAAGGACUGAGCCCGAAUAUGAAACUGGCUAUGGCGGGAGGAAGGAAUCCGAGCACGGAUCGGGUUACGGAGGAAGGACUGAACCCGAAUAUGAAACUGGCUAUGGCGGGAGGAAGGAACCCGAACACGGAUCGGGUUACGGAGGAAGGACUGAGCCCGAAUAUGAAACUGGCUAUGGCGGGAGGACUGAAUCCGAGUAUGGCCGUAAACAGGGAUAUGGAGAGGAGCAGCAAAGUGGGUAUGGCUAUGGAGGAGAGAGGACUGAAUACGAGAAGCCUAGCUAUGGAAGGACUGACUAUGAGAACCCAAGCUAUGGUGGAGAUGAACCCCCUCGAAGGCAGACCUAUGGAGGCGAGGAAGGAGGCUAUGGAAGGCCGAGUUACGGACGAUCUGAGGAGGAGGACUACAAGAAACCCUCCUAUGGUGGGCGUGAUGAAGAAGAGGAUGAUGAUCGUCCAAAGUAUGGCUAUGGUGAAGAGAGCCACGGUCGCAAGAAACAUGAGGAUGAUAACUCUGAUGAGGAUGGUGAUGAGGAGAAGAAACAUCACUAUAAACACCACCACCACAAGAACUAUGACGACGAGUGAAAUACACGCAGUGUAUGGGAGUGGAAUCCAUGCUAUAUACUAAAUAAAUGUUUUGAUGCAUGCAUUCCUUUGCUGGUAUUGUCUUUCAAUUAUUCUGAACCUUGAAGUUAUCAUCCAUGCGUUCCGCUAAAGUAUAUGCUCUGUGGUCUUGUACUCUUUAAAUAAACUCCCAAUAUAUUUGGGUUGGGGUGUCUUGUAUGUUUCUGUGGUAUUGUCGUCCUCUUUAAUGAUAUAUCCCAGUUAUCUGGCUUGGUGUGUCUUUAUGCCUUUUGCAGCUUGGUAUUGUUGAUGAGGAUGAUUUGUUGCAA